UCAUAUUUAACACACCCACCCAGAUUCACACAUGCUACAGGAGGUGCAUUUCCUCCUCGAGGUUGGCUGGUCCUGCGGGAGGAUCUCUGUCUCCUGUUACCUGUGCAGUUUAUUGCGGAGGCUCGCCUCGGUGAUUAGUCGGGGACUCGAUGUGACAAAAAUUACGCAUCCUGGAUCGCCGAGGUGGAUAAGAGUACAUGUUAGUUUUCGGGGACUUUCCCAUAAAGCACUUCAAAUGUGAAUAGGUUGCACUUCCCGUACAUUACUUUUUUUUUCCCCUCCCCGGGCCGAAGUCCCAGCUGAUCCACGGCUACUCUUCCCCGCACAGGGUCGAGGUUGGACGGGGAGACCGAUGCGCGCCCAACCUCUCGGACACGCACGUUUGACGGACCAUUUCCCCCCGCUUAUCACAGCUGCUUUUGGAUCCUACUCACUUGUUCGCUACUCUUCUGAAAUAUUUGGUGGUGGCAGUGGGAAGAAGAUGUGGCUUGCGCGAAGCGACCGUUGGUCUGAACCGACUCAACGUGUUUUACCUGGACGCUUGCGGAUGAUUUUGCGCUUCUGAAAAAUCUCUCCUGGACCCCCGCGCGCACAAAGCAGCUCGGACUUUGAUGUUGAAAAUACAAAGGCUGAACACUGAAUCCUUUACUCAAGACGGCAAGUGAAGAUGGCUCCUACGUGUUUAAUGUGUAUUUCAUUAGAUUGGCGUCCAGUCUAAUAAACAUCAUAAGCGAUGUAGUCAGCUUGUUCAUCUGCGUGCUCAUCAUUUGCAGUAAAUACUCACAUCUGCUCAAACGGGAGACCAUGAAGAUGAUCCUUUUGCGCAAAUUCCGGGUUUUGAUCCUCAUGGUGUUCCUGAUCGCAUGCUCAAUGCACAUAAUGAUAGACUUGUUACCAAAGCUGGAGAGGCAUGGCAACAGCGGCUGCUCGUGCUCCCACACGCCGAGCGAGGAGCCUCAGAGCUGGGGGAAGCAGGGCUGGCCUAACAAGCACACACUGCGGAUCCUCCAAGACUUCAGCAACGAGCCCAGCUCUAAUGUUUCCUCCCACUCCCUGGAAAGGAUCCCGGUUCCAGGCGACAAAACGCAGGCUCUCAGAAGGCUGGAACAUCUGGGACAACGCGGUGACAGGAAGAGACAGUUCAUCCAGGGCGUCACAGUGGCCAAAAACAUGCCGGUUAAGGGUUCAAGGUUGUCGGCUCUGUAUGACCACCCCUUAUAUAAAAGAUCCCCGCCACCCCUGACAGACGAGGACACGCUGUUCAACGUCAACACGGACAUCCGAUUUGACCCCAAAGCUGCAGAGGAUCAGGCAUGGAACACUGAAGGCAACAUGGAUGAGUUCAGCCCAACAGGGGAGGUGACGGCCGACUCCUACCCCAACUGGCUCCGCUUCCACAUUGGAAUAAAUCGAUACGAGCUGUACUCCAGACACAACCCGGUCAUCGACGCCCUGCUGAAGGACCUGGUCACCCAGAGGAUCACCAGCGUCGCAAUGAAGUCUGGGGGCACUCAGCUCAAACUCAUCAUGACCUUCCAGAACUACGGCCAGGCUCUCUUUAAACCCAUGAAGCAGACCCGGGAGCAGGAGACCCCACCAGACUUCUUCUAUUUCUCUGACUUUGAAAGACACAACGCAGAGAUUGCUGCCUUUCAUCUGGACAAGAUCCUGGACUUCCGCCGUGUCCCUCCUGUGGCCGGCAGGCUUGUCAACAUGACAAAGGAAAUCCGAGAUGUCACACGAGACAAAAAGCUCUGGAGGACCUUCUUCAUUUCACCAGCUAACAACGUGUGUUUCUACGGAGAGUGUUCGUACUACUGCUCUACCGAGCACGCUCUGUGCGGUAAACCGGACCAGAUAGAAGGAUCUCUGGCCGCCUUCCUCCCAGACUUAGCCCUCGCCAAACGCAAGACCUGGAGGAACCCGUGGAGACGCUCCUACCACAAACGCAAGAAGGCAGAAUGGGAGGUGGACCCGGACUACUGCGAGGAAGUCAAACAGACUCCACCGUAUGACAGUGGGACACGACUGCUGGACAUCAUGGACAUGACCAUCUUUGACUUCCUCAUGGGAAACAUGGAUCGCCACCAUUAUGAGACGUUUGAAAAGUUUGGAAAUGAGACCUUUAUCAUCCAUCUGGACAACGGCAGAGGCUUUGGAAAGCACUCCCAUGACGAGACAUCCAUUCUGGUGCCGUUGACCCAGUGCUGCAGGGUAAGAAAGUCGACCCACUUGCGCCUGCAGCUGCUGGCUAAGGAAGAAUACAAGCUGUCCACGCUCAUGGCAGAAUCCCUAGUGAGGGACCGCCUCAGUCCCAUCCUUAUCCAGCCACACCUGGAUGCCAUGGACCGACGACUACGCCAGGUGCUGAAUGUGCUGUCUGAAUGCAUCGAGAAGGAGGGCCACAGUUACGUUGUAGAGGACGACCUGCAGGGCCACCAUGGGACAGACCACGCCCACACCGGACCGCGACGAAGGUAGCUGUCUGGGGGCGCUGGCGGCUGGAUGGGACUGACUUCCUGGGCGUAGGAGAUCCAGUCUUUCUCUUAAACCUGGACUGACAUCCUGUAACACAGAGGAGCUCCAUCUGGACUGAACCUUUCAGAGGGCUUGAUUUUCUCUCUUUCUCGCUGAACUGCCAGGGACGCCCGUCUGCCUGAGGUUUAUUAUGAGCUGUCUGGAAGCGGAAGCCUGCUGGAUAGGACUGGUCUUUGACAAACAAGUGCAAUGACUUGAACGGCACAGAUGCUCGCAGGUGAUGUCAAACACUUCUGGAUGGAUCUGGGGCCGGGUUACAAACUAAACUGAACCGACCCCCUUCUCUCGCCUCACCUAGACUCCUUAAAAUAUCCAACCCUGACUCGGACCCACCGCAGCACUACCAAACCAUGAAAGUCUUGCAAGAGACGCCUUCUCUCUGUCUUGUUUAGGACCCUUUUUUUGAAUUCAGUGAAUUCUGAGGGACUUGUAAAGAGCCUCCCAACGAUCCUCCCACCCCCACCCCCCCACCCCCCAAACUCUCUCUUCACAAGCUGAAUUACAGUAUGUGUUUAUACGUAUCAGUGGUAUUGCAAGUGUUUCGGUUGAACAUUCCCGGUGGUGGAGUAGGAGGAGGUGAAGGUUGAUUUCCUGUUGUCUUAAUGAUGAAAAAGUGUUUUAUUGAUUCGCUGAAAAAUGUUUUAUUGCAUAGUGUCUUUUAUUUCUUCUUUGAUUUCUGCUGAGCUUCUACCAUUGGGAUUCAAGAUGGAACAUUUUUAUUGGAGUGCAGGUUUACUCCUGGAUUUGUCUGUUAAUUUCGCCCAUAAAUGUUACUUGAGAGAGUAUUUAUUAAAAGUCAUAUUUAUUCUUUGAGAUGAAUACUAGUCCAUUUCUGUUGACAAUGGCAACUGUGGAAUUGACAUCACAGUGGUGCACUUCUUCAUUUGUCC